ACUUCAGUAUGCACCAGGAUUUAAUUUUAGUAUUUAACUUUACAUUUAAAUAUAGACUCGUAUUUUUUUUUAAAAGCUUUAUCUUUUUGUUGCCUCCAAUUUUAAAGCGUGCUGUUAAAAGGCCAAGAUGGCAUCUGGGUUUAGACAAAAAUAAAAUCACGUAAAAUUUAUAUAGUGCUUAAGUAGAUAAUAACCCAUUAUCAUUAAUGUAUUUUCUUAGAAGACCACACAAGUUAACAUAGGUAUCAUAUCGCGGUAACACAGGAAGGUUAUCGAUCAAACUGAACCAAUUCAAAGUGACUCAGAUUGACCCGAUACUCAAACAAUCAUGGAUAAACCAGAAAAAACUGAACUUGUUUACGAAUACAAAAAGAAGAGGAAAGAUUUUGGAAGACAAACUUUGUUUGAAGAUCAAGGUCCUGAAAUGUUAUGCAGCAUUCCUAAUAAUCCAUCGUUCUACCAAAACUAUAUUCUGCGUAACCCGGUGCAUGUAGCCAUUCAAAAUACGGGCACCACGUCUGAACAUUGGGUUAAUUCUGUAAGAGCUGAAUAUACAAGUUCUGGAGUGCACCAUGUCGAAGGUGGCUGGCCUAAAGAUAUAAACAUGAACGAUCCAGAGGCAACGCAGAGGUAUCGACGUAAAAUUGAGAAGGAUGACGCAUAUAUUCACGCCGUCAUGCACUUGGGACAUAGUAUGGAGCACAAUAUACUUCAGAACAAUGCAGUAGAUAUGUACGAAACCUACUACACAGAACUGCCUACAAUUCCACCAGUUGAAAAUAGUAGUUGUCACACGGUCAAUGUGUACCGAGAGCCAGAAGCAAGACGACCGAUCAGGUGUCUGUCAUGGCAGGCAGACGGAGGUGCUAAGCUAGCAGCCGCCCACGCUGACAUCGAGCUCAUUAAGAAUUCAAGAUAUCCACAGUAUUCUUACAUUUGGGAUAUAGAGAACGCCAAUGCUCCUGAGCUUGUCAUUAAGCCUCCGCAACCAUUACUCGACUUGAUAUACAAUCCCCGUGAUCAACAUCUAUUAAUAGGAGGCAUGAUGAAUGGACAGGUGGGUUGGUGGGACACACGUAAAGGCGGCGAUCCUGCCGGAGUUUGUCCACCACACGUAGCACAUCGGGACUUGGCAAGAAACGUACUUUUUAUCAACUCUAAAAUUGGAGCAGAAUUCUUUUCCUCAUCCCCGGACGGUGUUGUAAAAUGGUGGGACACACGAAACAUGAAUGAACCAACGGACUCCAUGAUCAUAGAUAUAGUGAAAGCGGUAACGGAUACACAAAGUAUUGACAACGCUAUUGGCAUAACAGCCCUUGAAUAUGAGCCGACUAUACCAACACGGUUUAUGGUCGGAACCGAAACUGGUUUAGUAAUUGGUGGCAAUCGUAAGGGCAAAAAUGCAGUGGAAAAAUUACCUACGAAGUACGAAGCACAUCUUGGUCCAGUAUACGCCUUGCAAAGAAAUCCAACAUUUCCAAAAAACUUUAUGACAGUAGGUGAUUGGACGGCUCGAGUUUGGAGCGAAGACUGUCGAGAGUCAGCCAUUUUGUGGACAUAUUCUCACCGCACCAAGCUUACGUAUGGUGCAUGGAACCCCAUUAGGUUUUCCUUAUUGAUGGUAACUCAAUGGGAUGGAUGUUUGUCCUGCUGGGAUUUGUUGAGAAGAAGAAGUGCACCUAUAGUCACGGCUCAGAUCUGCGAUGAGCCCCUACUGAGCUUACGGCCACAUGAAGGAGGCCUACUGGUCGCAUGUGGAAGCAGUAAAGGAACCGUAUAUUUAGCUGAACUCUCAGAAAACCUAGGAACUGCUGAUAAAAAUGACAAACAAUUAUUGACACAUGUUUUAGAUCGAGAAAAUAAACGUGAAAGGAUUCUAGAGGCUCGUAUGCGAGAGUUGAGACUGAAAAUGCGUCAAGGAGGUGACCAAGGCCAACAGGCCGUUGAAAGCGACCCGACGAAUAACGACAGAGAUCUGGAGGAGGCAACUGCAGAGUACAUGCAAACUAUCAAUGAUCUACAGGCACAGCAAAAAGCAGAACCUUAACAUAAUGUACAUUUUACCUUUUAACGUUUUACUUCCAUUUCAUAAAGGUUUACUUAGGUUUUCAACAAAAUACAAAUCUUUAAUACAAUAUUACAUUUAUUAAAAACUUAUACAUACUAUGUGGUAGGUAUCUUAUUUUCCCAUAAAGGAUUCAGGUAAAAAAGCACAUUUGUACAAUGUUUUCCAAAGGCGGGUAUAUUUUCCUAAUUGUUAGCAACAUUAACAGCUUUUUUUAAUAAUAAAUAACUAGUAAUCAAA